AUGAUGCAGCAAAUUCUUCAAGAUAUGUACAUAGAGCACAAGCUGCUCCAGGAGUUAAACGAGGAACAGAAGCAAAUUCUUUUCUAUAAGAUUCGUGAGGAGCAGGUGCGCCGCUGGAACGAGAGGGAGAGCAGAGACCCCAGUCCAAAUGUCCGCAAAAGGAGCGGCCGUAGAGGCAUUCAGUGGCUGCUGGGUUCUGAUAGUGAGGUGUGGGUCUGGGUUAUGGGUGAGGCCCAAGGAGACAAACCCUACAACGACAUAGUAGAAGAGCUGAUGGAGGAGAGAGCCAGGAAACAGGCACAGCAAGAGGCACAGGAGCUCUGGCGUAUGAAGGAAGCAGAGAUUGAAAAGAAGUUUCGGGAUGCCAUGGCAAAGGAGAAGGCUCGGUUUGUUGCGGAGAAAUGGAGGGAGGAGACAGAUGACAGAAAGGCAGCCAAGCAAGAGGAGGAAGAAGAGGAUCGUAUUCAAGAGGAGCUAAAGAAAUUUGAGCAGGAGGAGAGACAGAGAGGUGAGGAGGAAAUUCGGCAAACAGAGGAACGGCGAGCGAAAGAGCUGUUCAUCUCUCUGCAGCUGGAGGAAAAGAGAUGCGAAAGGGAUGACAAGGAAUGGCAGGAACAAUUGCGCCGGUCCAAAGCGGCUGAUGAGGAGAUGAAGUGUAAGGCUCGCCGUGCCAGAGAUGAGUACAAACGCCAGUCCCUGCGAGCCAUCGAGAAAGGCCUUGUGGCUGGCCUGAGUGGACUGUUUCAGAAUACACAUCUGAAUGGCCCAAGUCAGAACCGACGGCACAGUGAUAUCAUCAAGCAGUCAUCACCUUCUCCAGCUGAAGCUAGCCAAUCCCCAGUGUGGAUUCGGCCACCUAGGCCAAUCUCUCGGGAUUCCAUCAUGCGAUGGUUUAAGGAGGAACAAAAGCCCAGAAGAGCUGGCUAUGAAAGAAGUAGCAACACCAUUGCCUCGUGGUUUCAUGGGAUCAUCUCGCGGCAAGAUUCAGAGUCCUUGCUAAUGAACGCUUCUGAAGGCUGUUUCCUAGUACGAGUGAGUGAAAGGAUCUGGGGAUAUACUCUGUCCUACAGGACAGCCUCUGGCUUCAAACACUUUCUCAUCGACGCCUCGGGUGAUUACUACAGCUUCCUUGGGGUGGACCAAAACCGUCAUGCUACUUUAGCUGACCUCAUCGACUUCCAUAAGGAGGAGGUGAUAACCACAUCUGGAGGAGAGCUGCUGCUGGACUCUUGCAAGCUCAAAGGCUCUGAGCCAGAUUAUGGAGGACUCUUUCAAUGA